GUUUGCAUCAGGCAAUUAAAAAUUCUGCCUUUUUUCUACUUAUAAAAUUGAGGAAAGAAGAAUGUAGCUAAGCAUCAUCAUCAUCAUUAGGCAUUACAGACAGCUACAUGAGAUUCUUAUUUUAAUUAAUAAAGAAAUCUCCUUUUUAUUAAGUUGUUGAAUAAGUUGGAUUUGAUCUCUCUGUGGGUUUCUUCUUCUCCUAGCUUGUUCUUUCCCUCGUAAGGUUUCUUCACAGAUCGAGCAAGUAUCUAAAAGUGGUUUUUGUGUUUGGAAAGCUUGUUCGUUUUAGAGAAUGGGGUCGUCAUCUGGGAGAAGUGGAAACGAUCUGUCGUUUAAGAUAUUGUUGAUUGGAGAUUCGGGUGUUGGUAAAAGCAGUUUGCUUGUCAGCUUCAUUUCCACCUCCGUUGAAGAUCUCGCUCCUACCAUCGGUGUUGAUUUCAAGAUUAAACAGUUGACAGUAGGAGGCAAAAGACUGAAACUCACAAUCUGGGACACAGCUGGGCAGGAACGGUUUAGAACAUUGACGAGCUCUUACUACAGAGGCGCCCAAGGAAUCAUCCUCGUGUAUGAUGUGACGAGAAGGGAGACAUUUACAAACUUAGUAGAUGUGUGGGGUAAGGAGAUUGAGCUUUACUCCACUAACCAAGAAUGCGUUAGGAUGCUCGUUGGAAACAAAGUUGAUAGAGAAUCUGAGAGAGGAGUUAGCAGAGAAGAAGGGAUUGCUCUAGCGAAAGAACUCAAGUGCAUGUUUCUCGAGUGUAGUGCUAGAACUCGACAAAACGUAGAGCAAUGUUUCGAAGAGCUGGCUUUGAAGAUAAUGGAGGUACCUAGUCUUUUGGAAGAAGGAUCGAGUGCUGUUAAGAGAAACAUCUUGAAGCAGAACACAGAUCACCAGACUACUCCUCAAACUGGCUGCUGCAGCUAGUGAGACAUAUAUCCAUAUUCAUACAAAAAAAAACUCGAAUUGUUAUUCCUUGUGUAUUCCAAACUCAAUCUGAUUCUUCUCUCUCUCUCUCUCUCUCUGAGGUUUGCCUCUUUUGUGUGUAGUUUCUCUGUAAAUGUGUGAGAUUCCUGUUUGCUUCUGAAAUGAUAUUUGUAUUAAAAUCAUAUAAUAGAGUGAAUAAACCCCCUAUCAAGUGCUU